AUGGCGCAGGCAAGUCCCAUUACCGAUGUUACGCAGAGACUAUUUGUGGACCUGAAAUCAAAGAGUGAUGAGGUGAAGACCCGAGCUGCCGAUGAGCUCUAUGAGAACGUGGUCGCGGUGUCUCGCGAUUGGCCCUCGGAGAAGUUUGUGGAAUUUUACAACGCGGUUAGCCAGCGGAUUGCCCAACUAGUCGUGACUGGCAAUGAUGCCAACGAACGAGUCGGCGGACUCCUCGCCCUCGACCAACUCAUCGAUUUCGAUGGGGUGGACGCCGCCCAGAAGACCACCCGAUUUGCCAGCUAUCUUCGCAGUGCCCUUCGCAGCAACGAGAAUGCGGUGUUGAUCUGUGCGUCCCGGUCCUUAGGCCGCCUGGCGAAACCCGGCGGGGCACUCACGGCGGAGCUGGUCGAAAGUGAGAUCCAGUCUGCCUUGGAAUGGCUACAAUCGGAGCGUCAGGAAAGCCGACGGUUUGCGGCCGUAUUGGUGAUUAAGGAGCUCGCGAAGGGCUCGCCGACCCUGCUCUAUGGCUUCGUACCGCAGAUUUUCGAGCUCGUCUGGGUUGCGCUUCGAGAUCAAAAGGUGCUCAUUCGAGAGACUGCAGCGCAGGCGGUGGGUGAAUGCUUCAAUAUCAUCGUUGCUCGGGAUGCACAGGUCCGCCAAUCAUGGUUCGCGAGAAUAUACGAUGAGGCUUUGCUGGGUCUGAAAUCGCACAAUGUGGACUGGAUCCAUGGAUCGCUCCUGAUACUGAAGGAGCUGAUCCUCAAAGGCACAAUGUUCAUGAAAGAGAACUACCGGAAUGCCUGUGAAAUCGUUCUUCGGCUCAAAGACCAUCGAGAUACCAAGAUUCGCACCGAGGUGGUCUACACCAUCCCAAUCCUCGCAUCUUACGCCCCAACCGACUUCACUGAGGUCUAUUUGCAUCGAUUCAUGAUAUAUCUCCAGGCACAACUCAAGAGAGAAAAGGAGCGCGAUUCUGCGUUUGUCGCUAUUGGAGAGAUCGCAAAUGCGGUGGGUCCGGCUAUUGCUCAAUAUCUCGAUGGAAUCAUAAUAUACAUCCGAGAGGGCCUUGCGAUGAAAGCCAGGAGAAACCGAUCAGGUGUCAAAGAGGCUCCUAUGUUUAAAUGCAUCAGCAUGCUCUCCUUGGCCGUCGGGCAAGCUCUCAGCAAAUAUAUGGAGGCUUUGCUGGAUCCAAUCUUUGCCUGCGGUCUCAGCCAAUCAUUAACACAAGCCUUGGUAGAUAUGGCUCACUACAUCCCGCCCAUCAAACCAACGAUCCAGGAAAAGCUUCUUGACAUGCUCAGCAUCAUCCUCUGUGGAACACCUUUUCGUCCACUUGGCUGUCCCGAAAACCGUCUCCCACCUAUGCCAUCCUUCGCCAAGGAUUUUCCUCUUCAUGAGCCCCAUUCCGAUGCUGAGAUUGCCUUGGCUCUUCACACCCUGGGCAGUUUUGACUUUUCCGGCCAUAUUCUGAACGAAUUCGUGCGUGAUGUUGCCAUCAAUUACGUGGAGAACGACAACCCCGAUAUUCGCAAAGCCUCAGCUCUCACGUGCUGCCAGCUUUUCGUCCAUGAUCCGAUUAUCAACCAGACUAGUGGUCAUUCAAUUCAGGUUGUCAGUGAGGUCAUUGACAAGCUCUUAACAGUGGGUAUCGGCGAUCCCGAUUCUGAUAUCCGACGUACGGUCCUUUGGUCACUGGACCGCAAAUUCGAUCGACAUCUAGCUCGCCCAGAGAACAUUCGUUGCUUGUUCUUGGCAGUCAACGACGAGGUAUUCGAAGUCAAAGAAGCCGCUAUCUGCAUUAUUGGUCGCCUUUCCAGCGUAAAUCCAGCUUAUGUAUUCCCACCACUGCGAAAAUUACUGGUUAAUCUUUUGACUGGCCUUGGAUUUGCAAAUACUGCUCGUCAAAAGGAAGAAACGGCUCAGUUGAUCAGCCUGUUUGUUUCCAACGCCACCAAGCUUAUCAGAAGCUAUGUCGACCCGAUGGUCACAGCUCUUCUACCCAAGGCCACGGACAGCAAUCCAGGUGUGGCUGCUACCACCCUCAAGGCUGUGGGAGAGCUUGCCAAUGUCGGUGGUGGAGAGAUGAAACGCUAUUUAUCAGAAAUCAUGCCGAUCAUCUUGGACUCUCUCCAGGACCUUUCUUCUCAUACCAAGCGUGAGGCUGCACUACGAACGCUAGCGCAGAUAUCUGGCAAUUCAGGCUACGUCAUUGAACCGUAUCUCGAAUAUCCGCAUCUUCUUGAUGUUUUGAUCAACAUCAUCAAAACCGAGCAAACAGGUUGUCUAAGAAAAGAAACCAUCAAACUUGUGGGCGUCCUUGGCGCCUUGGAUCCCUAUAAGUAUCAGCAAAUCAGUGACGUGGAGCCGGAUAUUCAUCAUAUUAAUGAAAUCCAAAAUGCAUCGGAUGUUGCCUUGAUAAUGCAAGGCCUUACUCCGUCUAAUGAGGAGUACUAUCCGACAGUGGUCAUCCAUACAUUGUUGCAAAAUAUUCUGCGGGAGAACUCGUUGGUCCAAUAUCAUUCCGCCGUCAUUGAUGCAAUUGUCACCAUCUUCAAGACUCUGGGUCUCAAAUGUGUGCCAUUCCUCGGGCAGAUCAUCCCUGCUUUUAUCUCCGUCCUCCGAAGCUCCCCUGCCAGCCGCCUUGAGUCAUACUUCAAUCAAAUGGCUAUUCUGGUCAAUAUCGUGCGUCAGCACAUCCGUGCAUUCUUACCUGAAAUUAUUGAUGUGAUUCGCGAAUUUUGGGAUGCAUCAUAUCAAGUGCAAGGCACGAUUCUGUCACUGGUCGAGGCAAUUGCCCGGUCUCUGGAAGGAGAGUUCAGAAAGUAUCUUGCUCGUUUGAUCCCACUGAUGCUAGAUACUCUUGAGAAAGAUACCACACCUCGCCGACAGCCAUCUGAGAAGAUUCUUCAUGCUUUCCUGAUCUUCGGAUCUAGUGGGGAGGAAUAUAUGCACCUGAUUAUUCCCUCAAUUGUGCGUCUUUUCGACCGACCACAAAACCCCCAGAGCAUCCGAAAGUCUGCUAUUGACAGCUUAACUAAACUGUCACGACAAGUCAAUGUAUCUGACUUUGCUUCUUUUAUGGUCCACUCUCUGUCGCGAGUUGUAGCAAGCCCCGAUCGCGUGUUGCGCCAGGCUGCUUUGGAUUGUAUCUGUGCCCUCAUUUUCCAACUUGGCCAGGAUUUCACCCAUUAUAUCCAUUUACUGAACAAGGUUCUGAAGCAGCAUCAGAUAACACACGUUAACUAUCAAAUUUUGGUGACGAAGCUUCAAAAGGGGGAUCCGCUCCCACAGGACCUUAACCCCGAAGAGAACUACGCAUUCCCCACCGAUGAUACCAGCUUUGCGGAAGUUGGGCAAAAGAAGAUCGUUGUUAAUCAGCAACAUCUCAAGAAUGCGUGGGAUGCUUCACAGAAGUCCACGCGCGAAGAUUGGCAGGAAUGGAUUCGACGCUUCAGUGUGGAGCUUCUGAAGGAAUCACCGUCUCCAGCACUUAGGGCAUGUGCCAGCUUGGCUGGUAUUUACCAGCCCCUUGCUCGAGAUCUUUUCAAUGCCGCCUUCGUCUCUUGCUGGACCGAGCUCUAUGACCAGUACCAGGAAGAGCUUGUUCGUUCAAUUGAGAAGGCUCUUACUUCCCCGAACAUAUCACCGGAGAUCUUGCAGGUGCUUCUCAAUCUUGCUGAGUUCAUGGAGCAUGAUGAUAAGGCUCUCCCCAUCGACAUUCGUACUUUGGGCAAAUAUGCUGCCAAGUGCCAUGCAUUCGCCAAAGCUCUUCAUUACAAGGAACUCGAAUUUGAACAGGAUCAAAACUCGGGUGCUGUUGAGGCUCUGAUCACAAUCAACAAUCAGCUUCAGCAAUCUGAUGCUGCUAUCGGUAUCUUGCGUAAGGCACAGGCAUACCGUGAUGUGGAGCUGAAGGAAACAUGGUUUGAAAAGCUGCAGCGGUGGGACGAGGCCUUGGCUGCCUACAAAAAGCGCGAGAAGACCGAUCCAGACUCAUUUGGCAUCACGAUGGGUAAGAUGAGAUGUCUUCACGCCCUCGGAGAGUGGAAAGUUCUCUCAGAUCUUGCGCAAGAGAAAUGGAAUCAAGCUUCUCUGGAGCAUCGCAGAGCCAUUGCUCCUCUUGCUGCCGCCGCUGCAUGGGGUCGUGGCCAGUGGGAAUUGAUGGAUUCAUAUCUCGGUGUGAUGAAGGAGCAGUCUCCAGAUCGGUCCUUCUUUGGUGCAAUUCUUGCCAUCCACCGCAAUCAAUUCGGAGAAGCCAACUCCUACAUUGAGAAAGCACGAAAUGGACUUGAUACGGAGCUUUCCGCCCUGCUUGGGGAAUCAUACAACCGGGCUUACAAUGUUGUCGUCCGUGUCCAGAUGCUUGCCGAACUCGAAGAGAUCAUCAAGUACAAGCAGAAUGUUGGUGACCCAGAGAAGCAAGAGGCAAUGCGCCAGACAUGGAAUCAGCGAUUGCUUGGAUGCCAGCAAAAUGUUGAAGUGUGGCAGCGAAUGCUCAAGGUCAGGGCCCUUGUCACAGCCCCUCGCGAGAAUCUUGAAAUGUCAAUUAAAUUUGCAAAUCUUUGCCGGAAGUCCAACCGCAUGGGCCUUGCAGAGCGAUCUCUUGCUUCUCUUGAGACUGUGGUCGUGGACGCAAAUGGCACGCACACAAUCGCACCCCCUGAGGUUACGUAUGCUCGUCUGAAAUUCAGCUGGGCAAAUGGAAACCAGCAAGAAGCCCUUCAAAUGCUGAAAGAAUUCGCUUCUGGCUUAAGUGAUGAUCUUUCCAAGUUUAACACGUUAAUUGUGUCUCAAAACGAACACCAUGGAAUGAAUGGCGUCAAUGGAGUUGCAGACCCAAGUCAUCCAGAGGCUAUCAGUCUGCGAGAGCGAAUUGGCGAUGUUGGAAAGUUCAGGAAACUCCUGUCAAAGAGUUAUCUUCGACAGGGAGAGUGGCAGACAGCCAUGCAAAGGGGCGACUGGCGACCAGAGUAUGUCCGCGAGGUUCUCAGUGCAUACUCUGCGGCUACGCAAUACAAUCGCGAUUCAUACAAGGCGUGGCAUGCUUGGGCUCUAGCCAACUUCGAAGUUGUUACGACAAUUUCUAACCAGGUCACCCGAGAAGGUAAACCGAUUCCGGUUCCUACCCAUAUCGUCACCGAGCAUGUGAUUCCUGCGAUUCGUGGCUUCCUGAGGUCCAUCGCUUUGUCUUCGACAUCCUCUUUACAAGAUACUCUACGGCUGCUGACCCUGUGGUUCACCCACGGUGGAGAUCAUGAAGUCAACACGGUUGUGACUGAAGGCUUCACCGCCGUGAACAUUGACACAUGGCUCUCUGUCACUCCCCAAUUGAUCGCUCGAAUCAAUCAGCCUAAUAUCAGAGUCCGUGGCUCUGUUCAUAGACUACUUGCUGAGGUUGGCAAGACUCACCCGCAAGCACUGGUCUAUCCUUUGACAGUGGCUAUGAAGUCUAAUGUGACCCGGCGCUCACAAUCCGCCAGCAACAUUAUGGAAAGCAUGCGCCAACACAGUGCCAAGCUUGUUGAACAGGCGGACCUUGUCAGCCAUGAGUUGAUCCGAGUCGCUGUUCUUUGGCACGAGCUUUGGCAUGAAGGCCUUGAGGAGGCUUCUCGCCUCUACUUCGGCGAUCACAACGUCGAAGGCAUGUUUGCAACCCUUGCACCCCUACAUGACAUGCUUGACAAAGGCGCAGAAACUCUUCGUGAGGUCUCAUUCGCGCAGGCCUUUGGACGUGAUCUCGCGGAAGCCAAGCAUUACUGUAUGCUUUAUCGCCAAACUGAAGAGAUUGGUGAUUUGAACCAAGCUUGGGAUCUUUACUACACCGUGUUCCGCAAGAUCAGCCGACAACUGCCACAGCUGUCCAUUCUGGAUCUCAAAUAUGUGUCUCCUCGCCUCAAGGACUGUUCGGAUCUUGAUCUGGCUGCACCAGGCACAUACCAGAGUGGCAGACCUGUGAUUCGAAUCAUCAGCUUCGAUCCGAUCCUUCAUGUUCUGCAGACGAAGAAGCGGCCAAGACGCAUGACUCUCAAGGGUAGCAACGGAAGCUCUUACAUGUAUUGUCUGAAGGGUCACGAAGAUAUUCGACAAGACGAGCGAGUUAUGCAACUCUUCGGGCUAUGCAACACUCUUCUGGAUAAUGAUGGGGAGAGCUUCAAGCGCCAUUUGUCUGUCCAGCGCUUCCCGGCUAUCCCUCUGUCUCAAAAUUCCGGUCUUCUGGGAUGGGUGUGUAACAGUGAUACUUUGCAUGCUCUGAUCAAGGAAUACCGAGAAAGCCGCCGUAUUUUGCUUAACAUUGAGCAUCGGAUCAUGUUGCAGAUGGCCCCCGACUACGACAGCCUCACACUUAUGCAGAAGGUUGAAGUUUUCGGUUAUGCCAUGGACAACACCACCGGUAAAGAUCUGUAUCGGGUUCUGUGGCUCAAGAGUAAGAGCUCAGAAGCUUGGCUCGAGCGGCGCACGAAUUAUACCCGAUCGCUUGGUGUUAUGUCGAUGGUCGGAUACAUCCUUGGUCUUGGUGAUCGCCACCCAUCUAACUUGCUGCUUGAUCGUACGACUGGUCGCGUGGUUCACAUUGAUUUUGGCGACUGCUUCGAGGUCGCAAUGCACCGCGAAAAGUAUCCAGAACGUGUACCUUUCCGACUGACUCGUAUGUUGACCUUCGCCAUGGAAGUGAGCAACAUUGAAGGAAGCUAUCGUAUUACCUGUGAGGCUGUUAUGCGCGUCCUUAGGGAGAACAAGGAUUCUCUUAUGGCGGUCCUGGAAGCUUUCAUUCACGAUCCUCUGAUCAAUUGGCGUCUCGGUGCCCAAGAGUCGCCCGAGCGUGCGUCUCUUACUGCCGAACGCCGCCAGUCCGUUAUUGAUGGUAUAAACUUCGAACACGGCGUGCAACCCAGCACGUACACCCGCCAUCGCCGACCUUCAAUCCUGGAGGGCGGCAUCCUCGAUACCCAGGAAGGCAUACCGGCCGAGGCUCGCGAGGCCCAGAAUGCCCGUGCUUUGCAGGUUCUGGCUCGAGUGAAGGAGAAGUUGACCGGACGUGACUUCAAACACAGCGAGGAGCUCAACAUCAGCGAUCAGGUCGACAAGCUCCUUGCGCAGGCCACCAAUGUGGAGAAUAUCUGUCAGCACUGGAUCGGAUGGUGCAGUUUCUGGUGA